CAUAAUGUAACAGCUUCCAUGAGGAACAUUGAUCAAUCGACAUCUAUUAAUGAUUUAUCAUUCAAUUGUUCUUCACCAUCGAUGAAUGACACAACCUGUUCGAAAGAUCUCAAACUAAUCUGUGAUGUGCAAAGUGGACGUUGUCAAUGUCCAUCGACAAUGCCUGUACGAUUAUCGCCGGAAAUUCCUUGCCUGCCGUAUAAAUUUCUUGGUGAUCUCUGCAUUCAUUCGGAUGAAUGUGGUCAAAUUGAAAAUUCAGUUUGUGUGGCAACAUUUUUAUUUUCCAUAAAAAUUUUAAAUAAAACACCUUCCUUCAAACAAUGGUUUUUCUACAAUAAAAUUCACAACGAUGAUGAUAUGAAUUAUUUGCUCAACAAACUAUAUGGACGUUGUCGCUGUCAAAAAGGAUUUCGAGCAGCAAACCGUUCGCAAUGUAUACCAUCAACAUUCGAUACUCCUGUUGUUUGCGACAAUCAACGAGAUUGUGCAUCCAUUCCAAAUGCUUAUUGUAAUCGUGAACGAUGUCGAUGUCCUCACGGAUAUUAUUAUGAUUCAAGUGACAAACAUCGUUGCAAUGAAAUUAUCAAUUUGUAUGGCGAAUUUUGUGCAUCAUCAUCCGACUGUUUUAUUCAACAAUCAAAUAUGGAAUGCAAAAAUUCUCGAUGCAUUUGUUCUCGCCAAUAUUCCUACCACAAUGAAACUGGAUGCGUCCGUAAUUAUAAUAUUUGCGAUAACGAAUCUACUACCAACAUUGGUGUUCGUAAUCAGAAGCGGCAAUCAAAUCUAUGUCAACAACAAACAUCACCGCUUUCAACAAUAAAUAUUUGUCGUUUUGUGGUGAAAUCAUUUCCAUUGAUAUUGAUUGCAAUCAUAAUAUCCAAUCUUUUCUGCUAUAUUCGUACAAGAAAAUCAUCAUCAUCGUUAAGUCACCGAUUAUUUCGGCAUCAACGAGAAAUUCAUGAAAUUAGACGUCGAUUCAGUGAACAAGAACAACAUCGGCGACAAAUCAAUUCCAACAACAAUCAUCAUUUGUCAUCAAUUGAUCAAAAUGACCAAAGAAUUCAAUCAUGUUCAUUAUUAUCAUUACCCGAUUAUGAGACUGUAUUCAGCGACAACAAUCAAACAAUGCCUGUUAUAACCUGUCAAAAUCAUAAUCAACAUCAUCAUCCGCAAGAACGACUGCCAACAUAUGAAGAGGCCAUUGUUUUGUCCUUGAAAAAUUCCAUCACCGAUGGUCAUACUGAUGAUGAUGAUGAUAAUGUUUCCCAUCAACAACUUGUUUGAUAAUGCUAUAUUAAUGUUUUCAUCGAAAAAUGGCUGGCCAUUUUGGAUAAAUGAACAA